AUGUACGAACAAGUUCUAUCAACAAUGAAUACGUUAGUAAGACAUAUGAAUUCAGGAAUGACAACAUGGACGAAGCCUGAAGGGCUACUUAAACUUCUUCUAUCAACCAUGGAACAAUUUGAGGAAAUGGAGAAAUUAUUAGAAGUUGAAGAAAACUUCAAUUAUUAUCGUAAAAGACUUACGUCAAUUGGUGGAGAAAAUCAACGUUCUAGUGUGAUGAACAUGUUACGAUUUCUGUUAACUAAUGAAUUAGCAACUCACUUUAAUUGGGCUGGACGGAAAAAGAUAUCCUUUAAAGAGAAAAAACUCAUGGAUGUUAUCCAUGAAAGUGCUAGACUUGCUUUCAAUAACAUAACUGGGUCAGCCACGGGAGAUAAAGUGAUUGAAAAUGCUGUAAAAAGACUGGCUAAAGUUAGCAAAUAA